AUUAGACGGCGUCAUGCACCUGGCGGCCGGCGUGGGCAGCAGCGGGCAGCUGCCCGCUGCUGCCUGCUGUUGGGUGCAGCAAACAUAAAAUAUAGAAAGAAAGAAUACGCACUGGUGUCACGCAGCAGUUGCAAAGGCAAAGUGUAAAAUUUAAAGGCAUCGUUCUGCAUGAGGCAGUGGACUGCAUCAAUAAGAAUCAAUAAAUAUAUGGCGGCAGAUCCUACACUCACCAACCAAGCAGUUGUUCCUUUUCCUUUUCGUUCUUUCAAGGAACCCCCUUUUGUGCCUGUUUCCCAACGCUUCUACAGAGAGGCAGUAAAGCGUGAGCACGCAAGCAAGCAUGCAGACAAUAUCGGAAUUCACACCAUCAGGCAAGAUUCGAUUAAAAGGACUAGCCCCUGGCCUCUCACUACACACGCCACACUCGCCACAAUAGUCUUUAACCUACUGCUCGCUACUCUCCUGCGUUCUACUAUUCUCUUUGUCCUCUCGCAGCUUCAUUCAGCGACCGCCUGUCCAGCUAAAAAUACUGCAUGCAGGCCUUUUGGAUAUUAUAUUUUCUUAUUUCCAUUCGUAUUUGUAUACAUUCAUCUUUAUAAUCUCAAUUUACACGCCGGCGUUUGUCGUAGUAUCCAUAUAUCUUUUGUCCCUCCCUCCCUUUCUUUUUUGCUCCCCAUCAUCACCAUCUUCAUCAACUCUACUCUACUCAAUUAGCCCCCCCAUCCUCGCAAGUGGGCCUUUCUUCUGCUUCAUUGACUUGUCCAUUCACAGCCACAUUUGCUGAUUUUGACUUUUUGUAUUUUGCAGCCAUCCAAAAAAAUUUACACACAUAUUCAUAUUUACGAAUUUAUCCUACUCUUACUCAACCUAUAAUUGUACAGGCUGGCGAG